GUUGUGCCACAUCGGUCUCGUGGCAGCGACGCCUUGUUGUAGCAACACAAGCUUUUGUUGCGGACUUCGGUUCGUUGCUAAGGUCGGCGCACGCUUCCUGGACCCUGUUCGCUUGUGGCAGUCAUAAAAUCCGACUCGCCUGCGCCAUGUCGUGUCCCUACCACCCUCCGCCACCAUGUCUGGACCUAACUGGAUCUCUGCCGCGUUCGAGGAGACCUUCAACCUCCCCUACCGCCACUUCCACAAGCCCAACGUCCCGAUCCCCUCAUUCUGGGGAACCCUAGCUCACCUUGAUCUUCGGCGAUAUGCUCACUUAGCCGUGCUCCCCAAGAUGGAGCUCAGCCCGGCUGUGCCCCCGCCACCAACGCCACCUGACAGAGGACACCGAAACAGACUGAACGUUGAACACGAGCCAUAUAGGCGUCUCGACUUCAUCUACAACAUCAGCGUCUUCGCAGAGACCGCGCUAGAUUUUUGCUUGACUAGAUUGCCUUCGGUGAGGACGGGCGACGCAGACUUCGAUAGCGAAAACGGUGGCGGCAUCACUAUAGCCUCCCAAGGCUUCCAGAUAAACACCCCCAUGCCGAUUGGGAAACCGUCGGAUGUCGACAAAGUGUUGAGAUGGGUCAUGGAAUACCCGCUCGCUACUGUCAACCAUAUGAUGCAUCUGGUCCACCCCGACACGAUAGACUACAUAGUGCAAGAAGGUGGAAACGACGGCCACGAUAAAGGACUGAUCCGAUGGGCGUAUUGGGGCCGAGACGAAAACACAAUCACUGAGGCGCUCGAUACAUGGUCCGAGUCUGUGAUGGUCUUCGUCCAGCCGCCGUGGAUCCUCACUCAAGCUGACAUGGAGGCGUUCGUCGGUUGCCCAACGUUUCCAGCACCAACCUCACAAAAGAAAUUGAAGAGCUACGAGAGGCUGUGGGGAAAGAUAUGGGACCUGUGCACCCAAAAGCGUUCGCACUGGUUCGUGCUGACGACGUACUGGGGCUGGCCUGACAUUUUGUCAGGACGUACGCGCGCGUUCACGUCCCAGAUCAUCCCGUUCGACUCCAAAGAGCCUACUGUCCUGCAAUGCCUAUUCUUCUGGUUCACCUCUGCCGUCGCCUCGCAGCUACCCCAACAAGGCGCAUGGGCCAUCCCAGAG